AUGGGGCAUAUCCUGGUUGUUGCCGCGUUUACCUUUGCGGCCGUCACGGCUUCAUCCAUCCCCGACCGCCCUACUACUCUGCCCUUGACUUUGCCCAUCGUUGAACGCUCAGAGCAGCCCAUCACUUGUCUCACUGGGAUCAAGCGCUCCCCAGAGCCUAUCAAUGGAAAACGCGGAAUAGAACAGAACUGCGGCAGAAGCCAGCGUGAUGUUACUCGAGCAUUCUCCUCGUGCGCCGCAAAGGCCCAGCAGGGUCGGGAAGCUGCCCUGAAAGGGGGAGAGUUGAUGAAGACUCUGUUCAAGAAUGAUGACGAGGAUACCCGCAAGCGAGUUGCCGACCACUUCGAACAGAUUGCGAGUCAGUGUGGCGCCAGGGAGAAUAGCGGUGUCUCUGUCAACUGUGGACAGUGUGAACAGGGCAUCGCGGGAAAGGCAUUCAAGGGAAGUGGCCCGAUUACGCUUUGUAACGUAGCCCUGGCGGACACGCAGAGCACGACACAAUGUGGUGGUCAGGACCUUGACGAUGUACUUUUACACGAAAUGUCCCACGUCUUGGGAAGUACAGACGAUCUCGGAUAUGGCUUGGAGGCUUGUAAGCAGCUUGAUGCUCAGAGAAGCCUUCAGAACGCGGAUAGUUAUACAAAGUUCGCUCGGGCCGCCACAUUGAACUGCAGUGUUGGAGGCCCCAGCGGUCCCGGAAGUGGCGGUCCCGGAAGCGGUGGUCCGGGUGAUGAUGGGUCUUCCUUCCCGCCUGGUCCAAACAAUCCCAACAAUCCCAACAAUCCCAACAAUCCCAAUAAUCCCGGCAAGCCUGGUAGACCUGGCAGACCCGGCGGUCCUGGAAGCGGUGGCCCUGGAAGCGGCGGCCCUGGAAGCGGCGGCCCUGGCAAGCCUGGCAAGCCUGGUAGACCUGGAAGACCCGGCGGUCCCGGGAGUGGCGGCCCUGGAAGCGGCGGCCCUGGAAGUGGUGGCCCCGGAGGUCCUGGAAGCGGCGGCCCUGGAAGCGGCGGCCCCGGAAGUGGUGGCCCCGGAGGUCCUGGAAGCGGUGGCCCCGGAGGUCCUGGAAGCGGUGGUCCUGGUGGUGGUGAUGGCGGUGAUGGUGGUGAUGGCCCUUUAUUCCCCCCUGGCACUGGCGGUCCUGGUAAGCCUGGUAAGCCUGGUAGACCAGGAGGUCCCGGAGGUCCCGGGAGUGGCGGCCCUGGAAGCGGCGGCCCUGGAAGUGGUGGUCCCGGAGGUCCUGGAAGCGGUGGCCCUGGUGGUGAUGGUGGCCCUUCUUUCCCUCCUUUUGAUGGCGGCAAUGGCAUUGAUGGUGGUGACGGUGGCCCUUCUUUCCCUCCUUUUGAUGGCGACAAUGGUAUUGAUGGCGGCAAUGGUAUUGAUGGCGGCAAUGGUAUUGAUGGUGGUAACGGUGGCGAUGGAAGCAACCCCUUCCCUUUCCCUCCCACCACUGGUGGUCCUGGUGGCAAUCUCGGCCCCGGGGGUGGUCAACCCCCUCUGCCUCCAUUUGACGGCGGCAAUGGCAUUGAUGGUGGUGGCGGUGAUGGGGGUUUCUUCUCUUCGUCGGGCAAUUUCCCUCCUCAGGGCGCCCCUCCUCCCGGAGGCAUCUCUGCCUUCAAUGCCCCUACUGCCCCUCAAGUUUUGCCUAUUCAAGAUUAUGAUCGUGUUGAGAGUUCAUGA